CCGUGAAAUUGGAAUUUCUUUCAUGCUAUCAUUGCUUUCCACGAAAUCUUUAUCUCUAACUGGGCUUCAUGUUUUCUAAAGACAAAUGCACAGCCCGGCUGACUUUAUCUUUUGUUUUCUUAUUGGAACGAAUUAAGAUCGUGAACAAAAACAUCUAUAACUUGUCUUUACUUUCAAUAUUAACAUAAUUAUCAAGAUCUUUCUUGGAAACAGGAUAGCCACUUGGCACAUAGUUUGUGGUGUUUUGUAAUUUCUCUCCCCGGUACAAAGACGUUCUAAUCAGCUUGAAACUAAAGUUUUACCAUCAUGUCACUAAUCGCAACUAGUCCUAGGUGUUUCAACGCACUGGAAGCAGCCGUGGAGGCAGUGAAAACCGGUAAUGCUGACAGCCCACAGAUUAUAAUUAAAUCCUUAAGACAAGACGGAUUGUUGUUACAAAAACAGGCCUCAAUCCUCUGUGAUGAGCUCAAACAGGCCAAGAAGAAGCAGCAAGAAUUAGACGAGGAUCCAGCUAGGCGGAUAAACAAGUUACACGCCGAAGAGGUGGAGCUUAAAAAUAUGAGGCAAGGUUUGGAAGCGAAGAAAUCAGCGCUGAACGAGGAGAGGGAACGUUGCUGCCGAAACAAACAAGAUGCGGCUAGGAAGCUGAAGAGAAAUACGAUGAAUUGAAGCAUUGGUGGUGGGUUCCUGGUUACGGCACGUUUCUGGCCGUUCGAGAACUUGUUGAAAACAAUGAGGAAAGGCUCGUGAUGCACGCAGAGAAAUGGAGCGUUAUGACGGAGAAAUGAGCAGAGCCGACUCGAACAUCAGGUCGGCAAAUAUCCCUAUUUCGCAGGUAGGUGUCUUAUUUCUUUUACGUGUUCUUUUAGUGUCAUAGGCAACAAAGCAUGCAGAACGAAACUCUUAACUAUAGCUACGAAACGUUUAGUUGCUAUCGAAGUGUGUUUCUCAUUUGUCUAGCCCGUUUUACGUUAAGUGCAAAUAAUCGGGCACUUUAAGGGCGGAAUGUUUCGCUUUUCGACAUUUCGGCCUCCGAAUCACCUUCGCGUCAAUUUAACAUUAUUCCAGUUUCAUCAUCUCUUUGUACUGCUGUUCUGUUCAGUGAUAUCGCUCAGUUUGCAGGCCAAUUUUUCAUCUUUUUCUGCAGGCAGAGAAGGACCAAUCGAUCUGCUAUUUUCCAAAAAUAUGCUCGAACACAAACAGUUCAAAAACACGGCGUUUACAGGAUCUAACUCGUGCCUCUCUAAGUGCCUCUCUUAGUCCGUUGAGAACAAUCUGAACGAGCAAACGGUCGUGUUUAUCUUUGCCGUGAAUCCAGAUAAAUACAAGAAGGAAUCUAGCCGAAUUUUAUAAUGUUUCCUUCGCCAGGAGUUUAGUUUCGUCACGAAACUCAUGGCCUGAUGCUCUUGUAAUCGUUUAUAAAAAACGGCCGCAAAAAAACGGCCGCCGCCAACUCGAUAGCCGCUUCAUUAUAUGUUCACAUACUUUGAGCACAAGAAAAAUCUAAGAGCCAGCAGCCUCUAAAAUAACUCAAAAGAAAGGUUCUGUGAACUAUAGGGAAGAUUCCAUCAAAGAUUCCAUCAGUCAUUGUGGAGUAGCCGUCAUUAACUCUGCCAUUACAACGGCCGCUGAUAAGAGGAAACAGUAAAUCCACGUAAAAACAUUCCACAGGAAAACAAUUUCAAAAUAACGCCAAAAACUUAUUAAUAACCAUAGGACGAUUCUUAAUACAAAACUUCGCUAACGAUCGAACGAUGGCUGAGAUUUUGACAGAUAAAUACAGCCAUCCAAAAUCUCCGACACAACUUGAAAAAAGGCCGACUUUUUCAAGUUUGUUUUCAUUGGCUCGCACAUGCGUGUGGGGUAACAUAGCCCCUUUAAAGUAGAUGUGUCUACUUUUUUUCUCAAAGAAACCUCCUGUGGUUCGAUUCUCGUAAUAGACCACCUCCCGUUAGCGAACACUAAGUCUGCGCAUUUUGGGUGGUCGCUUUCGGGAGGUUCGACUGUAGUCUUCUUUUCCAGUUCUUCGGCGGCGUCGGUUGGAACUUGUUUUGUUCAUGGGUUUCGCGUAUAGAUUUACACACUAAGGCGCUGCUACAUUAUAUUUUGAAAUCAGCAAAUAUUAUUUUGCCAGGUGGUACAACUCGGCGAUGACCUAAAAGAAGCAGUUUUUGCGGGAAAGAUGUUUCGGAUUCGUUUCGGAGGAGAGAAACCGCUGGACCGUAUGAACUACGAUCACUUAGCUGUUUCCUAGGGCCUUUGGUAGCUGCCUAAUUAUACCUCUAUUUGUGAAAAAGUAAAGAAAUUAACCAAGGGACGGUUUGUUGUUUGUAAUACGUAGUCAAAAAAUCAGAAAAAGCAAAAAGAAAAAAAUCAGUAAAAGUAGGGCGGAGCUGCUCGAGACGUCGUUGCGUGACAUUGUUACUCCAACUGUUAGUUUAUGACUUCCUCUCACGCAGUGUAUCCAGUUCGCAAAAAACCUCCUUCAACAUAAAAUUUCAAGGAAAAUGUACCUACCUAUUUUAGAUAUACCGGAAUCGAAUUUACGAUGAUACAGAUGGAUGCUAAUACAAGGAUGUUAGGAAAAGAAAGGAGAGACAUGGAAUAUAGUUUACAUAAUAAUUCGGCGCUUUUAUUUAACGCUUCUUCGAUGUCGUUUUUCUUAUCAUUUUUUUGUGAACGGUUAAUUACUCUGAUAUUUUAACAUACACUUUAUCAAAAAACGUUUCCUUGCUUCGUGAUGUUUCUGAACAUUACAUACUGACCCUGAAUUGAAACAAAACCGGCUGCCGCAACAUUUCUCAACAAAUUUGACUUAUGCAAAUUUGUGACAUUUUUCCACUGGUGGUCACGAAACUUUUUAUUUUGUAAAGGCGAAUCCGGAGUACCCAGAUUUUUUAUUUCAUAUUCUGUUAAUAUAAGAGCUGAACUUUGUCCUAGUACACAUUUUGGCUUGGUAUCACACAUACCAAGGUGAGUUUUUUACCUCUGAAGUUGCUCAUUUUUCAGCCAUUUUAAAAAGUGCCAUUGAUGGUAGUUUUUAAAAAACCAUAAAAAAUUCAAAAUCAUGUUUAUGGUUUAAAAUAUACCAUGGAUAAAAAUAGCAGAUAGAAUUCUUUUGAACAAACAUAUUUCUGUUUUAUAGCUUUGAAUCUUGCCUCGGUGCGGACGCGAUAAAGUAGAUCAUUUUUACUCUAAUUUUUGCAUAAUUAAUUAGGUAAAUACCGCUAUUUUCGUUUUUCCUCAAUUUCUCGAAAACUAUAAAUUCCUGAAAGUUGAAAAUAUUUUUUUCGAAGAUAGUUCCCCAAAGGGGUUUUCUGAUAAAUUAUCAGAAUUUUCGAUAUUUUUAGCCUGGCCAUGGCCAGCGAUUCUCGAUAUUUGCAGUCAUGGGCUCUUAUGUGUUUGUGGCGGUCUAUUCUCGGAAGGUGAUCAUUUAAUUAUUGUUGAAGUAAAUUUAGAUAUAAAUCUGACCAUUGCCGACUCUUUCGUACCAUAUAUGGUCAUAAAAUUGGCACCGGAGUUAAAGCCUUAUUAUCGUCUUGGAAAAAGAGCUCCCAUUUUUAAUCAAUUGUGAUUGAUAUGGGUGGUUACUUUUCAAUUAUAGAUCUUUCUUGGAAACAACAAUAGCCACUUGGCACAUAGUUUGUGGUAUUUUGUAAUUUCUCUCCCCGGCACUAAGACGUUCUAACCAGCUUUAAACUAAAGUUUUAGGAUCACCUGCCGUCAUGUCACUAAUCGCGACGAGUUCUAGGUGCUUCAACGCGCUGGAAACAGCCUUGGAGGCAGUGAAAACCGGUAACGCUGACAGCUUAGCGGCUGUGAUUAAAUCCAUAAGAAAAGACUGAUUGUUGUUACAAAAACAGGCCUCAAUCCUCUGUGAUGAGCGCAAACAGGCCGAGAAGAAGCAGCAAGAAUUAGGCGAGGAUCUCACUAGGCAGUUAAACAAGUUACACGCCGAAGAGGUGGAGCUUAAAAAUAGGAGGCAAGCAUUGGAAGUGAAGAAAUCAGCGCUGAACAAGGAGAGAGAACGUUGCUGCCGAAACAAACAAGAUGCGUCCAGGAGAUAUGAAGAGGCAGAGGGAGAAAAGAGGAAAGCAGAACAGAAAUGCGAGGAAUCGAAGAAUUGGUGGUGGAUACCUGUUUACGGUACGUUUCUGUUCCUUCGAUAA